AUGCUAGAGGAAGAAUUGAACAAAUUAAAAGAAACCCACACAACUCCUAGUUACUCGAGUGUGACAAAAAAUUCACAACCAUCCCAAAAUCAGAAAAUAACAAACAAUGUACCAGCAAUAAUAAUAAAACCCACGAUUACUCAAGACUCACAAGUAACCAAGAAGGAAAUACAGGACACUAUUGAUCCCAAAAAGAUAAAUGUAUCAAUAAACUCUAUACAGACAUCAAAGCACGGAUGCUUCGUCAUCAAAUGCAAUACGGAAGAAGGAGCUAAUAAACUGAUGAAAGAAACACAGAAAAAUAAGAAAUUGGGAGAAAAAUAUGGAAUCAAAUUAUCUCAGAUGAAAAAACCUAGAAUUAAGAUUAUUACCAGUAGUACAACAAUGAAUAAAGAAGAAAUUGAAGAGUGCUCAAUGAAGCAGAACCAAUUCAUUGGUCCUGAUGAUGAUAUCAAUGUUACCUUUAUGAAGCAAAUCAAUUCUGGAAAACAAAUCAUCUUCGCUGAAUGUUCUGGCACAACUUUUCCGAAACUUAUGAAUUUCAAAAGAAUAUAUGUCGGUUGGGAACGUUGCCCGGUGUACGAAGACCUUAAUAUUCCAAGAUGUAAAACAUGCCACGCAUAUGACCAUAAGGACACUAAUUGUAGAAACAAGUUAACUUGCCCCUACUGUGGAGGAGAACAUAGAUCAAUCAACGCCCAAAGGAAUACAAGAAGUGUUGUAACUGCCAAAAAUCGAUGGAAAAAUUUGCAAAUCUAG